CAACCACAAUCGAGACUCUCCAGGGCAUGGAACACUCUGGGCCAACAGCUCCGCCCCGCCGCUGACACUUCUCCUCGUCCGCGCCGUCCGUGAGGGUCUAAUCCAUGGCGUUUCCCCUCCCGCGGGGCAUCACGCCCCCGGAGAUCUCCUUCCUGGCCGAGAUGGAGAUGGUGACUGUGCUGCCUCGCCAGCGUCUCGAUGGACUCGAACUACUCGGUGGCUCCCUCCCCACCCUCCUCCCCCCACGCCGUACCACACUCCCCCUCUGGCUCGCCCUCCUCCUCAAACGCCAACGCCGCGCCAACAUCCUCCCCCCACCCUGGCUACACCCGGAAUCCCUCGAACUGAUCCUGGAAAUCGAGACCCAAAACGACGAAUACCAGCACGCGUUCUCCCCCCCACCACCGCUCCCAGGGCAACCGACCCUCGCGCACCGAGACCGAGACCGAGACCGCGCCGUCGCCGCCCCCGUCCCGCGCUACACCCCCGACGGCGACAAAUACUACCCGACGCCGCCGUUCCUGCCCCAGAACGUGGCGCGCGAUCACAUCCCGCCCGGCGAGCCGCCGGCGCUGCCGUUCCACUGGCUGGAGGUGGGGACGAUGCUGCUGGACGCGGCGAGCGAUGAUCUGGUGGAGCCGGAUCAGACGAGACGGCUGUUGAAGGAGUUGAGGGAGGUGAGGACGGCGAAGAUUCGCUCGGGGGUGGAGGUGUUGGAUGCGGCGGCUGUUGGGGGCGGGGGGGUUGCGUUGACAGGUGUGGGCGCAAUGGAGGUCGGUGAGGGGAGGGGGUUUAUUGCUGGUGUGGUGGAUGGGUUGAGACGGAUUGGCGCGUCCAAGGAACAGGCGCGCAGGGAGGAGUUGGCCGAGGAGAUGGCUAAUGGCGGAUAUGAUGCGUCGCAGGACUAUGAAGAUGAUAUGGAGUUUUAAGUUGUUCGGGCUGGCUGGCUGGCUGGCUGGUUGGUUGAUGCUUUUGGUUGGAGUUCUCGGACGUAUACGGUACAUGACAUGAUUGGCAUUGCGCGCAUCCAUUCAAGGGACUCGGAGACACUUGAUCUGUAUAUAUAUAUACCCUAUUUAUAUCCCAUUGCAUGGAUUGAUGGCUUGACGACUAGAGAGAGUAGAGACUCCAUAAUGGAUG